CAUUCAUGGUAAACAUUUAAUAAUACUUUGAUAUUCGUCCUGAAGAAGACCUUGACAGGGUAAAAAAUAACCAGAAUAAGUUGAUGUAUGCUUGACGAUGUUACAUAUAACCAUGUGCCGUCAUUUUUAAAUAAUGCUGAUCAAAUGUAUUCAUGGAUGAUGGUUUUCAAAAUUCUAUUAUUGAGACUAGAAGUGGAAUUCCACCUUAAAAAUAAAGACAGCACCUCUGGAAAUUAUGGAGGAUAAGAAAAAGCUGAGAUGCAUUAUUGUAGGAUGUGGUAUUGUUGGAAUUUGUACAAGCUUUUAUUUGACAGAACACGAGCUUUACAAACAAGGAAGUAUGGAAGUUAUAAUUAUAGAAUCUAACGAGGUGGCAUCCGGAUCAUCUUCAAUUCCAUCUGCUUUAAUUACUUCCCAAUGGCAAAACGAAAAUCUUCGUGUCUUAACGGAGGUAUCUGUGAAGAUGCAUCAACAACUGAAUGAUCGAUACGACGGAAAAAAUAAUUGGGGUUUCCGUUAUGUAGAACCGUGGCUAAUGAAUUUUAAAAAAUUUAACGAAAAUAUUUCAAAACUACCGGAACACUUUGAUUGUUUUAGUGAAGAACACCUUCAAAAAUGUUCAAAGCUCGGAGACAAAAACGACUUUAUUAUAAUCAAUGGCAGAAAAUUCUGCAGUUUUCUGUUCGAAAGGAUUACAGAGAGAGGAGUUAAGAUUAUUUAUGGAAAAGUAACCGAUGUUAAAAAUAAUCGCGUUCAUUAUAUACCUAAAGGUUGCAAUACAAGCGAUACCAUCAUACUGAAUGCUGAUAAAGUCUGUGUAAGCGCAGGUGCUUGGACUGGUUACGUUCUUCCUUAUUCAGGAAUUGGAUGUCUAUUUGCUCAAUCGCUUUUGUUAGAUUUGAAAGAUUGCGAAACUAAAGGGUACGUAGCCGUCUGCAAUGUAAAUCUACAGAACCCAGACUUCUCAGAAAGAAGCUUGGAAGUACAUUUUAUUGAAAAUAUCAAAGCAUUCGUUACAGGAUCUACUCUAUUCAUUCCUCUACCAAAAGAAAACGAAGAUAUUCGAAUUAAUUCUCAUCAUCUGAUGGAUUUAAAAGAGACGUUUGAUCUUUUGUUAGCAGAAAAGAAAAAGUCAGAAGUAAUUGAUUGCACCUAUGCAUUUCUUCCUCUUAACAGAGUAACUGGAAUCCCGAGUUUAUCGAUUUCGCGCUCAGGCAUUUAUUUCGCCGCUGGUCAUGCAAGUUGGGGCAUAACCCAAGGACCUGCUACUGGUCUUUGGAUGGCAGAAUUAAUUCUGGAAGGAAAAAUCAAUAGUGUGGAUAUUCAAUAUUAGCUGAUAAUAUUCAUUUUCUAGCUAUGCAUUUUCUUUUGAUUAUCCUAAAAUGCUGACCUUUUGUUUAUGAUACUUGUGUUGCUUCAUUGUUACCUGGUACAAAAAAGGUUGCAUUUUUGCAUGGUAGUCUACGAAACUCCAAACGCGGUCGAAACGUAAAA